AAUUAGAAUAAAGGGGCCUGUUUUCGAUUUCACACGUUACUGAUGAGAUCCUGAUGAUGAAGCUGCAUCUUUUUUUUUUGGCAGCAUUGACGAGUCAUUUUUUCCUUGCAUCAGAUGCUUGGCGAUUUUGGAGGAAGAAUUCGCAAUGCCCAUCGAGAAAUGGCGCCUCUCCCUACUUUUUUGGCACUACGGAUUUGAACUGCAUGAUGGCACAGCGGGAUAAAUUCAAACGAUCCGUUCCCAAAAGAAAUAUCUGGUCCUAUAUUCACAGAUUUGUGUAUUACAGGGGCAAAUACUUCGAUUUUCUCCGUAAUUCAAGAGUUAAGAUAUCAAGCAGUCGCCUGAAUGGACACGUGUGUAGUGGCCGCAUGGAGGGGAAGCCGGCAGGCUACAGUCAACUAAAUCUGAGCUGCAUUAUGGGGUGUGCUAAAAAUUACCCGUGUAAAUAUGGCAAAUACUUCUUCCUGUGGAACAACUGUCACCGGUUUGCUAACAAACUCUCUGAGGUCCUUUGUAGCAGUGGAGCUCAGUGUCCAUCAUGGUGCUUGGGAAAUUGUAACACUACCUUGGUCAAUUAAAAGUUUGAAUUCUU